UACACAAGUUUAGCAUGUGUACGUCUCUGAAUUAGUAUUAUCAUAAAGAGCGACAUCUGCUCAUAAAUGUGUUAAAUCCACAUAAUGUGUUACAUUUUGUCCCUAAAUUGUGACAACGGUGGAGAAAAAGAAAGCCAAAGUACGAAACAUGGAUCAUACAACAAGAACAGCCAGAUUACCGCAUCCCCGGCGAAAAGCAAACUUGUGCUCAAUCCUCACAUUCGUUUACAUGAUACCACUGUUUAGGAAAGGGUCCAAGCAAACGCUAGACGAGGAAGAUCUAUACGAAGUACUACCCAACUUCGAAACAAAGAAAUUAGGUGAUCAGUUAGAAAAUGAAUGGAUGAAGAACAAAGGAAAAGUACCGUUUGCACGUUUAAUGUUUAAAUGUUUCGGUGUGAAUAUUUUUUGGUUGGGGGUGUUAACACUGACAGCUUCAGUGGUAGACAUACUUGUCCAUCCACAUGCUUUAGCUAAAGUCAUUUCUUACUUCGAUCCAGACGAAAAAAAUAUGACCAAGUUGGAUCUCUACUUCUACACUGGUCUUGUACUAGCAGUCAAUAUAAUGUUGUGUGCUUACGUCCACAAUUACAAUUUAGGAACAGCAAUACUAGGGAUCAAAAUUCGGGCAGCUUUUUCCUCCUUGAUCUACAGAAAAGCGCUACGAUUGAAUUCAGCUCACUUAAAGCACGUAUCUUCCGGUAAAAUCAUAACCCUUCUCACUAAAGAUGUGUGCUGCUUCGAAUAUUUUUCUUUCUUAGUCAACGAUAUAUGGGUCGGCAUUGUGAAAUUAAUCGUCGUUUUUUACGUUAUCUACAUAAAAAUUAGAGUGGCUGCUCUUGCAGGGAUGGCGAUUUAUUUGAUUGUGCUACCGCUUCAAGUUUGCCUGGGGACUUGGGCUACCAAUCUACGUAACAAAAUGUGCACUAAAAUCGACGAGAGGCUUCAAACGACUCAAGAGGCACUUUCUGCCAUCAAAGUCAUCAAAAUGUACUCUUGGGAAAAAUUUUUCGUUGAUAGAAUCACUAAAGCCAGGAAGCAGGAGAUUACAACUAUGUUUGCUUUGUACUACUUAAGAAUCACGAUAUUCCAAAUCGGAGCGUUAAGUACCAACGUGGCUUUCUAUCUUCUCAUUAUGACUUACCGAUGGUUCGGAAACCACAUAACCGCCGAAACUGUCUAUUACAUCAACGACUGCUUUCAAAUUUUGUCGUACACUUUGGGAGUUCAACUCCCCAACUCCAUUAUAUUCGUUGCAGAAGUAGUGGCGUCCGUACGAAGACUGAUGCACUUCUUGUCAUUGCCAGAAACGCAAACACCUCCUCAAGGUACUUCUUCUAUUCACGCUAAAGUCACCCUCAACCAUGUGGACGUUGGUUUUGACAAGAAGGUUCUCGAAAACGUCAACUUUGCAGUCAGUACAGGCAUCACUUUUAUCGCGGGACCAAUCGCCAGUGGAAAAAGCACCCUUUUAAAGUUGAUACUUCAAGAAUAUCAACCUUCCACCGGUACCGUUCUAACACAAGGAACCAUCUCGUACGCUUCGCAAGAUCCUUGGCUCUUUCCGUCGUCGAUCAAACAAAACAUUCUGUUCGGGCAAGAGUACGACGUUCUUAGAUACCAAAAAGUGUUAAAAGUGUGUGCUUUAGAGUACGACUUAAACUUGUUACCAGACAAAGAUGGUACGAUUGUUGAAGAUCACGGUAUUAACUUGAGCAAAGGUCAACAAGCUAGAAUUAACUUGGCACGAGCGGUUUACAAAAACGCAGACAUUUAUCUUCUAGAUGAUUGUCUCUCAGCGCUUGACAACCAAGUGGGUGAUUUUAUUUUCGAAGAGUGUAUUAGAAAGUUUCUACAAAGCAAGAUUGUCAUAUUCGUCAGUCAUAACUCACGCUAUUUGAAAAAAGUAGACCAAGUUUUAAUGGUCGAAAGUGGAAAAGUAAAACCAAUGAAGUUGUUGGAAGUUUUGGGGAAGUACGAAGAAACCAACGAUGUCACUGAGGAUCUACAUUUGGACAAUCGAAUUUCACGACGAAAUUUACAAGAAAGGAAAGUUUACCACGAAUUUAAUAAAACAGGAAAAGUGAAUUUGGAAGUAUAUAGAAUGUAUAUGUAUUUCGCUGGUGGUAUGAUCUCUCUUUUAUCGGUUCUCCUGUCCUAUGGUACUUUUCAGUUUGUUGUCAGUUAUUCCGAUAAACUACUCAGUGAAUGGGUCAAUCUUGAGCAGACGCUUUCCAAUUUUACUGUUCACAAUGACACGACGAGUGAAGUAGUUGCAGAAACUGUAACAACUCGUAACCACACACUUCAAAUUUACACCACAAUGACGCUUUUGUCGACUUUGGUGAACGUGGUGGCAGUACUUGUUUACUGCAAAGUAAUCAAAAACGCUUCAUUAAAUCUUCACAGGCACAUGAUAACCAACGUAAUAAAUGCCACUAUGCACUUCUUCGAUUCCACUUUCAUAGGUAACAUUCUGAACCGGUUUUCACUUGACUUCAACGUGAUUGACGAUCACUUACCGUUCAUGAUCCAUCAAGUUUUCCGGGUCGCAUUUAUCAUGAUAGGAAUCACAAUCCUGAUCGCCACAGUGAACACAUUCUUUUUACUUCCAUCGUUGAUAUUUUUCGGACUGUUUUAUUUGUCAAGACGGUACUACUUAAAAACAUCGAGAAGUCUGAAGAGACUCGAAAUGUCAACUAGAAGCCCCGUCAUCGGUUACUUCAACGCAUCUCUAGAAGGCUUACCCACAAUCAGAGCUUUCAAUGCCCAAUCAAUUCUAAAAAGUGAAUUCGAUCACCACCAAAACUUGUACACUUCAGCUGCUUUCACCUUCCAGUGUUCAAUGAAGACGUUUGCUUUCUACUUAGACACUCUAUGCAAAGUCUUUGUUGCAAUCAUCAUAGGACGAUUUGUGUUUUCUGACGAAGAAUUUCCUGCCGGCAGUGUCGGUCUUGCAAUAUCACAAGCGCUAAGAAUGACUUCUACUUUACAAUGGGGUGUUCGCAUGUGGGCCGAAAUGGAAAAUUGUAUGACGUCAGUUGAGCGAGCCCUGGAAUAUGGCGAAGUCAAACAAGAACCCAAAAAAGGUCAAAUUCUGGACAACUGGCCGAAAAAGGGCGAAAUUCAGUAUUCGGACGUUUCUUUAUCUUAUAACGAGUCAGACGAUUACGUUCUCAAAGAAGUUAACUUCACUGCACGUUCCAAAGAAAAAAUUGGAGUCAUUGGAAGAACGGGUGCUGGAAAGUCAUCAAUUAUUUCCACGUUGUUCCGACUAUAUGAAACCGAAGGAUCAAUUACCAUCGAUGGUAUCAAUACAAAGUCACUCGCUUUGAAUUACUUGAGGAGACACAUUUCGAUUAUUCCUCAAGAUCCUAUUGUCUUCCGAGCAACCAUUAGAGAUAAUAUCGACCCGGAGAGGCUCUACACGGAUAACCAAAUCUGGAAAGCUAUCAAAGCGGCUAAUUUGACAAAUUGUGUUCCAAGUCUAGACUACGAAGUUUCAGAAAAUGGCUCGAAUUUCAGUGUUGGACAAAGACAAUUAAUUUGUUUAGCACGAGCGGUUGUUCGUAAUAAUAAAAUUGUUAUUUUGGACGAAGUGACAGCCAAUGUGGACGACGAAACCGACGCUUUGAUAAACGAAGCAAUCCAGGAGCAGUUUAAAGAUUGCACUAUAAUUAUGGUGGCACAUAAACUACAUUCUGUUGUUACCUUAGACAAAAUUGUUGUUAUGGCACAAGGGAGAAUUACCGAUUUUGAUAGCCCUGCAAAUUUAGUGAAGAAAAAGAACGGCUACUUCUAUAAGAUGGUCAAAAAUUCUGAAUUGUUGUCAUCACUUAGUGAAGUGUAAAUUUGUUACAGUGUUCUUAACGAGGUUCUUACUUAGUACUAAAUGUUCUUAACAACGACAAAAAUAAAUUUCUCUCUACAAUUGUUCUAAGAAAAUCAUACGAUCCGUCGGAAUUUUUAUUUACCCUGAAGGUUUUCUAUACAUUGCUGUUGUACCACUUGAAUUCGAGGACGGAGGAGAAUUCUACAAAAUUUUCAACAAUGGUUUGAUGUUUGCAACGAUUGACCGCUAGAGAGCACCGCCUCUCGGGUACUUUGAAACACAACUGUUA